GAUAUCGAAAGACACACGCGAGAAAUCUGCAAAGCUCGAGCGGAAACAUUUUGCAGAUCGGACACCAUUAUAAACGAAGGGAUACCCGGUGUGAACACAAACAUUCAAUUUCAAGAGAAAGGAAGGAAGGGGAUAAGUCAACACGGUGGAUCCUCCGGGUCUCUGCGUCCAUGGACUCGAUCAAACCUUUAGCUCUGCGCCGCCAUGUUUGCAAGUCUACACAGAGGAAACAAUGGAAAAGAGAAGAAAAUAUCAAGAAGAACAGAGAGAGGAGGGAGACAAUGGAACGGCUGAGAAUAGAUAUGGUAGAGAUCAGUGAGGGACAAGAACGCCUAAAAGAAGGGCAACGAGAAAUAAGACAAAAGUUUGGAGAGAUAGAAUCGGAAUGCCGCAAACUCAAAGAGGAGACAAUGAACAUAGCCAAGCAGAGUGAUUGCAAUCAAAUCAGGAUCGACCUAAUGUUUAGCAUUUUGAAAGCACGUCAAGACAACAACUUUUCCCAUGCCGAACGCCUUACUCAGCUCCUCCGUGAGGAAAUGGGAAGGCAGGAAGAAGGAAAGCCGGGUCUGGUUGGCUGACUAAUGAUCAUCUAAAACAACGAGCAGUGUGACUCUUAAUCGUCUUUUUUUAUUAAA